CUCUUUACCCGUAUAGUCUUCUUCCCCUCACCUUUCUCGUGUCCUCCAUUUAUAACUCACGUCCUUUCUCUUUUAUCAAUUCAUUCCAAACUCCAGUGAUAAGUCACGCAAACAUGUCCAGAGCAACAGUGGAACUCGAUUUCUUCGGCAUGGAGAGACAAAACCAACGAAAAACCCUUCGACGCAUUCAGAGCGCCAUCUCCAAGCUCAAUCCUCAACUUCUGAAGACCGUAAUUGCUUCCGGAACUUCCUAUGUGAGUUUGGACGGAAAGCCCCCGGAGAACGGCACUUGCCGACCCACCACUCCCAAGGAGAACCAAAACUUCGUUUCGACUUUACCCGUCGUGAAUCCAAUCAGUCCUAGGGCCGUUUCUGAAAGUCCAUCACCAGAAACAGCUCCUUUAACGAUUUUCUACAACGGAACCGUCUCCGUAUUCGAUGUUCCCCGUGACAAGGCGGAGAAAAUUAUGAAGCUGGCUGAAAUAGGAAGCACUGCCAAUUGCAACGCUGCUGUAACGGCCGAUCCGAAAGUUGUAGCUUCGUCGUCAACCGACGAGCAUGAGCUGCUGGAAAGCCUUAACGGAGAGUUGCCGAUUCCUCGAAAAAAGUCUCUUCAAAGGUUCCUUGAAAAGCGCAAGGAGAGGUUGGCUUUGGUGUCGCCUCAUGGGAAUCCAUUGGAAUGUGCGGUGGACAAAUAAGAAAAACUUGGCGGGUGGGGAUAGUCCAGACAGUCAGACACCAGGAGUGACUUGGUGAGAUGAAUUGAAGGAGCUAAUUUAAUUCGUGGUCUUGACGAAUUCGCAUAGCGACUGGCUGAUUCCAUUUAUUUUCUAUAAUUAAUUGCUUUGCCGUACGUGGUGGUAGUAGAAGUAGUUGUUGUGAUUGUUGCCCGUUGGGUUAACGUCGUCAGUCGUCUCACCUUCUUAUUUUCUUAGUUUUUCAUCUUUUAACCUACAAAUAGGAUACGUGAUGCAUACAAAAAUUAAACCGUGUUAGUUAGUUACAGUCACAAUUUGUAUAAUAGUCUUAAUUAUAACUCUUCUAGUUCUGGGUUGGAUAUAUAUAAUCACGUUUUACAUGUUUAUGUAUUUCUAUUUAAAUGCAA